UUCAAACAGUAGUCUCGCUUUCUGAGACAGCAACAGUGUGGGUUUCAGUGAACAUAUCUUAUUACAAAGAUGACAUCCUCCCGUGGUGCAAGUCUGCACACCCCUAAGGAGAGGACAGACUGAAGGUCACAGCGCUCCCAUUUUAGGCUUAAGGCAACAGGUGGGAGCAUGACUUCAAAAAUUGAUAAUCCACCACCUUAUGAGGUCGCAUUGCACCAUCCUAAGUAUGGAAACUACCCCCACCAGCCACAACAUGACUCCCCUCUUCCACCACCUCCAUCUUACAGCCCCAGUCCUGGCAUGUGCCCCGGCCUUCCUGGCUACUGGGGCCAGGAGGGUGUCUACCCGCAAGGGAUGUGGGCAGCCCCUGGCUUCUCUCCGUCUGGGGUGCCCACCACAAUACCAACUUUGUCUGCCGGAGUGCCUGCAUCCAACCCAGGAGACAUGGAGGAUUAUCUGAGCAUCCAGUGGGAAAGCACAGCUAUUCGGCACGCCUUCAUUCGAAAGGUUUACUUAAUUUUAGCAGCCCAGCUUGCCGUCACCUUUUCUGUUGUUGCUGUCUUUACAUUUGUUGACCCAGUGAGGCUGUUUGUCAUCAGAUACCCCGGCAUCUACUGGGCAUCUUUAGUGGUUUAUUUUGUGGUUUACUGCAUCCUCAUCUGCUGCAAAGAGCCGAGGAGGCGUUUCCCAUGGAAUCUAGUGCUGCUGGGAGUAUUUACUCUCGCCUUGUCUUACAUGUGUGGAACAAUUUCAAGCUAUUAUGAAACAAAGGCAGUGUUUCUUGCCAUGGGAAUAACAGCAGUAGUUUGUAUAGCUGUCACAAUCUUCUGCUUCCAAACCAAGGUGGACUUCACCUCCUGCGGGGGAUUUCUCUGUAUUGCCGCCGUUUUGCUCAUGAUCAUUGGGAUUGUUACAGCCAUCGUCCUCUCCUUCCAAUAUGUCCCUUGGCUGCAUAUGCUCUACGCUGCGAUUGGAGCCAUCGUUUACACUCUGUUUUUAGUAUACAACACCCAGCUUCUUAUUGGAAAUCGGGAGUUGGCACUCAGCCCAGAGGAGUACAUCUACGGAGCCCUCUCUCUCUACAUCGACAUUGUUCACAUCUUCCUCUUUAUCCUCCAAGUCAGCGGAGCCGCCACUGAAUAAGCCCGUGGUUAGAGCUCACUCUGUCGUCUACGAGCAUGGACUUACAGAAUAUCACAUCUGUUAAACAAAAUUCUAUGUGUACAUGUGUGUCACUUACGAAUUUCAACAUCCAUAGAGAGUAAUGAAACAUCCUAACUGUUCAUUUAAUUAUAGUUACAUUUUACACCAGUAACACUUGAGCACUUUGAUUUACUCUUGCACUGCAUGACGCAGGACAGUGAAUGAAGUCUUUCACUAACCCUACUGUGAAUAAGGGGAGACUAAAGUGCUGCCUUCAGUAUAGUUGUUUGUCUUGCCUUUUCGUUUCAGCCAAUAGUAUUUUAG